GAGUGUAUGCAGUUUUUGUCAGAGAAGGAACAAACAGAAUCAGAAAGAGAGGAAGCCGUAGAUUCCAAGGCAUUCUCUCUCAUUGCACUAACCACUCCUCUCUGAUUCAUGAGUCGCUACGAUCCCAAUCCCUUCGACGAUGAGGUCGACGAGGUUAAUCCCUUCGCGGAUGGACCAGCUAAAGGAAGAGGGUCAGGGCAGCCAAGUUACGGUGGAGGUGCAUUUUAUACUACUAACUCUGGAAAUGUUCCCUCUGCAAACUCAAAGCUCUCACCCCUUCCUCCAGAGCCUUAUGAUCGUGGAGCAACUAUUGACAUCCCUCUCGGUAAUUCAAAGGACAUCAAAGCAAAGGAGAAGGAACUUCAAGCUAAAGAGGCUGAACUGAAAAAACGGGAACAGGAACUAAAACGAAGGGAAGAUGCUAUAUCAAGAGCUGGAAUAGUUAUAGAGGAGAAAAAUUGGCCACCUUUUUUCCCCAUCAUUCAUCAUGACAUUGCAAAGGAGAUACCAAUACAUCUUCAAAGGAUCCAGUACAUUGCAUUUACGACAUGGCUGGGUUUGAUUCUGUGUCUUUUAUGGAAUAUUGUGGCAGUUACUACUGCUUGGAUCAAAGGAGAAGGCCCAACCAUCUGGUUUCUUGCUAUUAUCUAUCUUAUUUCUGCUGUUCCUGGAUCCUAUGUGUUGUGGUAUCGCCCUCUUUAUCGUGCCAUGAGGACCGACAGUGCUCUGAAAUUUGGCUGGUUUUUCUUGGUUUACAUGGUGCACAUUGCCUUUUGCAUUUUCGCUGCAGUUGCUCCACCAAUUAUCUUCAAAGGAAAGUCUCUCACGGGUAUUUUACCAGCGAUUGAUGUGUUGGGCGACAAUGCACUGGUUGGGAUAUUCUACUUUAUUGGGUUUGGAUUUUUCUGUCUCGAGUCCUUGCUGAGCAUCUGGGUUAUACAGCAAGUGUAUAUGUACUUCCGAGGCAGUGGCAAGGCUGCAGUUUUAAAGCGUGAAGCUGCGAGAGGAACAAUGAUGGCAGCUCUAUGACAUGACACUUUGCAAAUGUUUUUCCAAUGGUUAUACCCGAAAAAUGAUUUCAUAAGUUACCAGUUCCUUACACACUUUUUGCGCUUUGUUUAAUUCUUGGAUGUGUUUUCCUAGGUUUUGGGCUAGGGUUGAGUCAAAUCAGAUAAUUAAGAUAGAAUCUAGCUGUGCAUAUAUAGAAAACAUUGUUGGCGAUAGCCUAUUACAAAUGAUUUAUUUCAGCAUUUUAUUUUUAUA